AUGGCCUCUUCAGUUAACCAUCGCCUUAUAAAGAAGGAAGAAGAGGAUUCUGAUGAUGAAUGCACUUUCCUGUCUUCAACCAAGAACAUAGCAAUGAAGGGCGACCCGAAGCAGGCUAUUUGCAUUGGCGAUGACGACGAGACUACUUCGGGGCCAUCUACCCGGCCCCAGAAAGCUUCGUUUAAGGACAACCUCACUAUCGUCAAGGACGAGAGCGACGAUGAAAAGGAGACCUUCAAGAUGAAGGAACUGGAGCCCCCGAGCAAAGACACCAUUACAGCCGAAGACUUCUGUGACACGAUCAAUGUUGACCCUGAGUCUAGUGACGAAGAUGCUGAUGAUGAGGACGAUCCAGACUCUGCACACGAGGAGGACUCGGAUUAUCACGAUUCGGAUGACGGAUCAGACGACGGAUCAGACGACGAAUCAGACUCAGACAAUUCGGAAACACAGAAGAAGACACAAAGGCCCAAAAUAGGUGUUUCCAAAGUCUCCGAUAUCAAGAAACUUAUAAAAAAAUGCGAGAAUGCAAAGAAUGCUUUGAUCGUCAAGGAGUACAUGGGAGAAAAGUUGAGUCUUGCGGAGCGCGAGAAACUCGAAAAACUGAAGAAACAAAUCCCCAAAGCACACAAGGAACUUGAGAAACACGCGAGACAGUCUCCACCGAAAACCGCUCGAGAAUACUGGCAGCGGCAUCUGAAGCGACAAGAGGAAAAAGAGGACAGAAAGCGCAAACGUGACAGCGAUGAGACAAACCCGAACAAACUUCAAAAGACAGGCAUGCAAGCUGGAUUUGAAAAUCCUGGUUUCUCGAGAGCAGCAGCCUUAUUCACCUCAAGCGGGGCUCAGGACGACGACGACGACGACGACGACGACGGUGAACCAGCGAACAGCAUUAAGGCCACAACUCAUGAGGCCCAGAUGAAGCAAAUUAUGGCUGGCAUCCCCGAGGGUAACGACACCCGACAUACAAAGACACAGAAACGUGAUCUUGUCAAAGCCAAAAAAUGCUUUGGAUACAAGAAGAUUAAGGCCAUUGACGGAAAGUGGAAGCUCAAAGGGAUGGAAACCCCUAUGCACAGUCAGCAGCUCGUGGCCGCUACCUGGAUGGUCAGGCGUGAAGCCAUGGGAUUACAUCCGGCGGGAGGUAUCCUGGGUGACGAGAUGGGACUUGGAAAGACGAUCACUGCUCUGGCAACGAUCGUGGGUCAUCCAGCAGAGCCAGAGGAUAGAGAAGAUGAUUAUGGCCGGGCAACUUUGGUGAUUGCUGAUAGCCCCCAUUCUGCCUCAAGGACCUGGAUGGAUCAAAUCAAGAAGCAUACCUCGGUUGGUUUUACCAAAAGGUGCCUGAUCUACUCCGAGGAGCUCGAAAAAGAUUCAAGAUGGUGGAGUACGAAGAAUGUGGUGAUCACUUAUUUGAAUAAAUUACGAGCCCAGUUUCCCAGCAAAAGGGAAUACCAAACUCUGAAGGCCAAAUGGGCUGGAGACGAGAGCGGGUUUCAGCAAGCCCUUUCAAAGAAGCUCGGUCCACUCUUUAAGGUCAACUGGUAUCGAAUCAUUCUGGACGAGGCUCAUGGCAUCAAGAAUCACAGCUCAAGUGGUGCUCUCGCAGUCUGGCGACUGAACGCCAAGUAUCGUUGGGCUUUGACUGGCACACCCCUCGCCAACAAACUAGACGAGUUCUUUCCCUACUUAAAGUUCAUUGGUUGCAAUUUUGCAACUACUAUGAGACAAUACCGAGCUGAGUACAUCAAGAGCGACCAGGCAGCUGAAAACUUUGAACAAUUAGUGGCCCUUGUCAUGUUGAGACGACAGCAGACCGAAAAGUUUCUGGGACACACCAUGGUUCCCCUGCCAAAAAGCCAUCGUGCUGAUAUUUGGAUUCCAUGUUCAGGCUGGGAGAAGAUCCUCUUAGAGGUUGUGGAUGGUGCAUACCAAGAAAAGCUUCUCGACGCCCAAAAUGAAAACCAAGAGACUGCCGCACACGAACACCAACAGCAGCAGGAUACCCGAGAGAAUGAAGUUGAAUCCGACGACAAGAGUGAGACUAACUUCGAAGACGACGAGAACAACGGCUCCAAUGCUCUAGACGCGUACAGAAUUCAGCUCCUGAGAUGUUUGAGGCUUCUGCAGGUCACGUCUCACCCUCUCACCCUUGAGAAGUUCUAUAGAGAGGAAGACCAUGACGUGUACAUUGACAUGACCCUCGAGCGGCUGAAAUCAGAAGUAACUCAAUCGAACCUCGAUGCAGAUCAGAAGGCUCUGGAAGUGUCUCUAGAGCCAGCCUAUUCUUCAGGGCUCCAACAGUUGGAGUUGGUGAUCAAGGACAACUUUGGGGGUAGCGAAGAGAUGGAAGAGCUACUCAAACUUACGGCUAACGAGAAAAAGGUCAAAGACGUCACUUGCGCCUUUUGUAACAAGAGAACCCCCCCUGAGAACCCCGUUCAGAGCUCAAACUGUGAACAUGUCUACUGCCACGAUUGCCUCUCCAUUGCAGUCAAAAGCAAAACCAAAACUGGCCGUACCCGUGUGAUGCAGGCUCCCCAGUGCCAAAUUACGGGGUGCUCUCCGAUACUUGGAAUGGGCCAAGCAGUGAAGACUCUGGGAUGCAUUGACGCAGCUGUAAAGGCUAUAAAAGGUUACAAGGAACCUGGGCGUGACAGCAUCGGUACACGGUGGACUGGCAGCCGAGGAGACAUGGCCUCAUUCUUUCGUGCUGUCUGUGGCCACGAGGACAUCGACUAUGGUCCCGUAAAGAUGCCCUUGAGCUCCAAAGUGAAAGCCACUUUGGCAGUGAUGCUCACUUGGAUGAAGGAGGCACCUGAUGACAAGAUCAUCCUUUAUGUGCAAUGGACUAGAACUGCAAAGGCUCUCGGCUGUGUUCUCGAGAGUAUGGGAAUCAAAUUCCUGUAUUACAACAGGAUGGCAAACCAAAAGCAGAAGACUCAAGCACUAGACGAGUUCGCCAACAAGACAGACAUCAAGAUUUUGGUGUCGUCAAUGAAGUGUGGAGGGCAGUCCUUGAAUCUCCAGAUGGCCAAUCGCGUCAUUAUCCUUGAUGAAUGGUGGAAUAAAGCCGCCGAGGAACAAGCGUUCAAAAGAGUCUACAGAACUGGCCAGUUAAAAGAGACCCAUCUUGUUCGCAUCAUCGCGAAGGAUAGCAUGGACGAACGUAUCAUCAUGCUGCAAGACGCCAAGGAAGAGGUUAUCCGGGCCGCUCUGCAGGAUGGGGAGAUGCAGCCGAACUUCUCCAACUAUCUUCAGCUUCAAAUGCUCUUCUCCGGGAAGGACAAAGAGACACUGAUCGCCGAGAUGGAGAUGGCGGCUCGUGCCAAACAGGCCAAACAGUGA